AUGAGGCUUUCAUCAAGUAUCAUUGAAAUUAUUGCCUGCUGCAUCCUCAUCUUUUCGAGUUUACUGGGAAAUGCCAUACUGAUUUAUUGCACAUGGAAGUGCAUUACAAGACGCCUGCCAACAUCAUUUGCCCUCAUUUUCAGCCUUGCAUUUGUUCACGUACUGAAGAAUAUUGUAGUCAAUGCUAUCAAUAUUAUAUUCAAUGCUGGACUGAUCCCUAAUCCUCUUGUCUGCAAAAUUGGAUUGUUUGCGGCAUCGUUAACUACUAAACUUGAGAUCUGGUUCACAUUUUACAUGGCUGUAUUCUACUGUGUGAAGCUCAAUCGAGUUGUCCAUCCGCUGAGGACACCUCCUAAUGGCAAAUGGCGCAAGCAUCUUCUAAUAGCUGUGCCUGCCUUGUGGGUCAAAGGAAUUGUAGCCUGUUGCCCUUAUCUAGUUUUUGGGAAUAAUGUGCCACGGCAAGCUCUGCUCAAUGAUACUUACUCCGUCCAUUGCAACUUUCUUCAUGAAGAAUGUAGCCUUAAUUUUCCAAAUACUACAUUUGCAUUUUAUUAUAACCAGAUUUUCAUGGUCAUCACUGAUAUAAUUCCACUAGUGAUUUUAUUUCUGGUCAGCCUUCGCAUCAUCGCCCUUUUUUAUGAGCAAAAGAAAGCAACUUAUGGCAAUAUCUGGAUCGGACAUGACCCUUCAGAGACUGAGGUCCUACGGGCUUCCAAAGUGAUUGUACUGUUGAUGUUCCUUGUCACUGCCCUGUGGGUUGCUCAUUUUGUCCUUGUCUUGCUCUUGAAGUACAUAAGGUCAUGGUAUUUAGCCUCAACUCUGCUUAUUGUGCUGUUUUCUGCAUAUUCUAGCAUUAGCCCCUACUUACUUAUGCUAAUUAACUACAAAAUCAGUUUGCAAAUUAGGUCACUGAGUUCCUUCUGCUGUGCAAAUAACAAACCUAAGACUUUACCCACUAUCAGUCAAAAAUCCAUACCAGAACCACCAGACACUGAAGACUGA